AUGUGGCAGCACGCCACUCCGGCCAAGCCAUCCAAGUACGUUGGCAGUUCCCUCUCUGUACUAAUUCCCAUCCUACUGCUGUGUCUUGCCAGUCUUAUUGGCAAGUGCUGGUCUUUUAGAGUCAAUAUUUGCCCUAUUAGAUCGAUAGGAGGCCAUAAAACUGAAUUGGGGCACGUUAGACACAGGGAAGGUGACAAUUACCCGGGCAGCCUCUACGCUGUGCCUGAAGGAGCCUUCUCCGUUAAAGGGAAAACCGUUAAGUCACCAUUUCUUUUUGAACUGAUAGAGCGCGGUUUAAUUGCGAAUGCUACAGAUCUAGCAAGGCUAGAUGAACUCUUCUGCUCCCGGGAAUCCGCCGCCAAAUCAACGGAUGUGCCGGCUGUAUAUUAUGGUAUCGACCUCACGGCAAACUUCAUUCAUGAAGGGACUCUUCUACAGCUCUUGUUACUACGUCGAUUUUUGGCGCAGGGGUUCAAUGUCGUAGUUUUACUGGGGGGAGGUACCACGCUGGUCGGGGACCCAUCAUUCAAAUCGAAACGUACCAAGGCCACAAUAACAUCCUCCGAAUCUGGUAACACCAGAUAUAAUGCCAUAUUGGAUAGGAUAACGCCUUGCGCUUCGGUGAAAGAGGACAACUAUGCUGGGAUCCUGGAAGUGGUAAAGAAACUGCUGACAAGGGAGCUCGAGACCGUUGAUGGCCAUUUAGUGCACCCAGCUCUAAAGUUAGCUUCAGCAAUAGGGGAUGGUGAUUUGACUAAAGUCACUUCGACCCCUUACAACGUGGUGGUGGUGAACAACCGUGACAUAUACGACCGUGUCACACUAACGGAAUAUCUUGGAACAGUUGCACGCAAUAUGAGUGUAGGAAGGAUGCUCUCUCGAGAGUGUAUCAAGUCGAGACUACUCUAUACAGAGGAAGCUGGCGUUACAACCCUUCGCAUGGCCAACAUGGACCUGGCAGAGUUCAUUUACAUGUCAUUGCAGGCAACGGAUUUCGUCCACGUCGCAUCAAAAUAUAACGCUGUCAUUCAACUUGGUGGCAGCGAUCAGAUGGGUAAUAUCAUGUCAGGAAUAGAGUUGGCAAACGGAUUGAACAAUCUGUCUAAACCUCUAUUCGGUAUCACAACGCCGUUGCUGCAGACACGCAGCGGUGAGAAAGUUAGCAAAUCCAACUCCGAAGAACUACUUCGCAUCACUGCUGAUAUACCGCCUCUAGUGUUUUGGUCACACUUCCGCAACGUCGAUGACCAGGUGGUCGGCAGGUAUUUACAAUGGCUAACUCAGGUGCCCAUUAACAAUAUCGACGAGGCGCUAGCGAAACAUGUAAACACUGCUAAGGUACUCUUGGCGGACGAGUUGACGUCAUCGAUAUUCGGCAAAAGAUACACUGAUGCGCUACAGGAGCAUUGGGUCAAAGGAGAUGUUGCCAAUGUGACAAAACCACGCGAAAACUGUUCCACCGAGGAAUACGAUUCAUUAGUCACCUUUGUGGAUUGUGUUCCACACGUAGAAGUUUCUCUUGAUCAACUGACGCAGGGCGUUCCAUUCGCUGAGCUACUGGAUAUGCUUCGUACCCCUCAAUUGGUAUCAGGUUUAUUUUACAGCAACCGCCGCGCCAUUCGUGAAGGCACGUGUCGAAUAAAUGGCAUCGUAGAAACCCAUGUAGAUCGUUUAGUGACAGCCAACGACCUUCUGAAUGUAUCGUGCGAAGACGGCCGGUCAAUGCAAUACAUUGCUCUGCAGUUUGGCAAACGCCAGCUAUACCUCGCCGUAUUGAAGUGA